CUGCCUCCGCCCGUAUCCCGCGCGACCUCUUUUUGCCUUCUCUGCAAUUCAAACUCCCCUUUGUACUCGUUCAUCCGUUCUGUAUUUUUCACACCAGAUUUCUUUUUUUUUGAUUAUUCGGCAUCUUUACCAUUAGACACCCCGACAUGUACCGUAGCGCCGUCCGGUCGACGCCUCGCGCCGUGAGCGCCGCCCGCCAGUCGGCAAUUCGCGCAGCCCCUCGACGAUUCGCCUCGACGACACCUGCCGACAAGCCCCGGUCAUGGAAGGGUGCAGCAUUGAGAUGGGGUCUUGCCGCCGGUGCCGUCUACUGGUAUAACACGAGUCCGGUCUUUGCCGAGGAGCCUCUUCCGCGAACGAUCCCUGCCCCGUCCCAGUUCUCCGAGUCCGACCUCACCACUGUUGAUGCCAUUGUCGAAGAGAAGCGCAAGCGGGCCAUUGUGAAGGCCGAGGAGGCCAAGCCUGCCCCUGCCGCCGCCCCCGUCCCGACAGAAGCGAGCGAGAAGACUCAGGAGGUACUUCAGGGUGGCGAAGAUGCGCCGGCGCCCGGCUCCCCCGAGGCGCUGGAGGCCGAGGCCGGCCAGCAGGGUGCAUUUAACCCCGAGACGGGCGAGAUCAACUGGGACUGCCCAUGCCUCGGCGGCAUGGCUGACGGCCCUUGCGGCGAGGAGUUCAAGGCUGCUUUCAGCUGCUUCGUCUACUCCAAUGAGGAGCCCAAGGGCAUGGACUGCAUCGAGAAGUUCCAGGGAAUGCAGACGUGCUUCCGGAAAUACCCCGACAUCUACGGCGCCGAGCUGGCCGACGACGACGAGGCUCCCGAGGGCGCCCCGCCCGCCCCCGAUGCCACCGGCGACGCGACCGAUGCCCCGCCUGCCGCGAAAAAGGAGACCAAGGCUGACUCCCCAGACCAGGCCCCCAGGUCGGAGAUCAAGAGCGAGUCGGAGGAGAAGCAGGCCGCGGCUAAGCCCGACGCCCAGGAGCAGAAGAAGGAGGCCCCGAAGGUGCCCGAGCCGGAGCCUGUCGACCUCACCCAGCCCAACACCAAGGCCACAGAUGCCACAGCGGCCAACAACAACUAAUAUGAAGUAAACCAAAAAAGGAGGUGUUUUUGCCGCUUGUCUCUACCAAAGAAAACACGGCGUGUGGCUGUACGAGGACGGGGGGAAAGGGAUGUGGUGCGCUGCGAAAGCGCGGCUAAUGACACCAUGACUGGAAAUUCGGGCGUAUCUCAUGUACCAUAAUCGUGUACAAAGUGUACCAGUACGACGAAAGAAAAACAAUAGACAUACACUUCUCUGAGCGAUUGUGUCUUUCAUUUUCUUGCUUUGUCUUUGAUAAAACUGCGAUCGACUGUCAGAUUGCACGGCAAACAU